CGGCAGGCAACGGGUUCUCGGCCAACGUAAGCUGAGAUUCCCUUCGCUAGCCCGGCCUUUCCUUUAACCACUCCGGCCUCAGGGCUGUGACACGUGGGGUUGGGUGUCUCCGCGGCCAUGAAUAUGAAUUAGAGCGGGCGGGGCCAGCCUGGGCCUUGAUCGGGAACGUCAUGAAUAUGCAAAGAGAGAGAGGAUCGCCAGAGCCUCCGUCGGGCCUCGGAUCGCGAAGCUUGGGGCUGGCCUUUAUGCUGACUUCUGAGUCACCACCUGAUGUGAUGGAUUCUAAGCCUCAAUCGCUGUGUUCUUCCUUUUCCAUUACCGCUGCCAAUGGCCGUAAAGACACUAAACCACCAUCGAGCAGCUCUGAGAUAGGGGACGCCCGUCCAAAGCCACCGGUGAAACCCAAGCCUUGCGUUCUUCCUAAACCAGCUAUGCCAGUGAAACCUACGCCUGGACUGCGCCAGACUCUUUCUGAGGUGCCUUCUGCAGAAAAGAUCAAUUUGUUGGCUGGGCCUAAGCCAUAUAGCAGUGGAGCUGGCAGUGCUGUAAAGCGCCUUUCCUUUAACCUGAAGUGCUCUCCAAGAGAAGUUACCAAUGGGAAAGAGGUUCCAUCUUUUUUCUCCACUGCAAGCAAGUCAUCUGAAGAUAAAGAAGAUGCUGAGCCCACAAAAAAAUCCAGUGCUAUUGAAAGAGCUUCUGAGGAAGAAUGUAGAGAAUCCUCUAGUGUAGCCAAAUGCACACUCCCCUUCAAAGUGAAACCGGUGCCAGUAGCAACUAAGCCAGAACGUUUUCCUGGGACCACAGUGGAGGAAAUCUUGGCCAAAAUCGAAAAACCCAGUGAAAGUUCACCCAGCUCUGAACGGCCUCGGCUAGUACGCUCUUUCUUCAGCCAAGAUGGUGGUUCAGCUGUUCACCUAGGGCCUAAGGGUUAUGUUGCUUUCCGGAGAAGUUCCAGUGGAGAAGAAGGAGUAGGAACAGAUCCAGAAGGGUCUGUUUACCGAGUCUCCUGUGAAAUUAAGGAGAGGAGUUUGUCAAGGAACAAGGAAUUAAAGGAAGAAAACAGGAGAUUAAAUGAGCAGCAUGCGCCUGAAUCUCAACAGCCAGAAACAGAGGUCAAAAGAAAUGAGAUUUUCCUUCCUACAGACAGCAGCUCCAGCCAGCCUAGCACGAGCUGUGAAGGAAACCAACUCGAAUCCAGCAGUUCACCGUCUUCUCCUGGUACCAAGUUCUCUUCCAGAGUCACACCUGGAUCUCCUGAUGCCCCUUCUGAAACAACCCAACCCCCUGGUGCUCCAUACCUUCCAACAGAUGUCCCAUGUAGUGAAGCUUUGCUUCCACCAGGCUCCCCUGAUGGAUCUACUAAAUCCUCCAGAAGUCCUCUGGUAGACUCUGUCAGUCACGUUCCGCUUGCAGACCCCCAUGUAACCAUUGCAGAUCCCUGGCCUCCAGGAUCCCCUAUUAAGACUUCUCCAGGACAGUCCAUGCUUUCAGACUUAGCAGAUGUUUCUGCAAGAUACCCUGAAGUCCCUCUUCUCCCUGAGCAUGCUGCCAGUUUGACCCACCCGCCCACUGAAUAUAAUCUGCGGUCUCACCAAUGUCUUACAGGAGUGUCAGAAUCCCCUGGCUCCCCUAGCAUUCUUUCAAAGUGCCAUGUUUGUUCUGAUCAGCCUCCAGGGUCCCCUUCAUGCAUACCAGACUCCCUACUCAACAGGGGGAAGGAGUAUCUCAAAAAUAAAGCACAAAUUCUUCCUUUUGAGGAGAAGGAUCCCCUGCUAAAUCAGCGGCGUGCUUCAGAGGGGGUGGUGCAACCACAGGGUAAAAAAAUGGUCAGGGAAGAACUAGGAGGUUCCUUAGCUGCACUGCCAAAAGAGAAGGACCCAUCUGUAGAGCAGACUUUAGGAGGAGAGUCUAGUUGGAGUCUGUCACAGUCAUUUGAAUGGUCAUUCCCUAAUCAGGGACUGGAGUUGGUUGGGAAGAGAUUAGUAUCUCCUCCCAACUCUCCCAUUCAGGAACACGAUGAUGACAACCUUUUGGAAGCAGAAUUGGGUGGAGAGAUCCCUCCCAUUCAAGGAUCAUAUCAAGAGGCUGGUUCAGAGGGACAAAUCGGGAAAGAGGAGGAGACUGAGGCUAGUGAACACAGCGCCAAUAAGGAAUCGGAAAGUAACUGGAAGAAGAUUGAGGGGCAGCUAGAAACCCAAUCUACUCUUGAGUUGUCAGCACCUGGUGGACCGUCUGUUCAGAGAAAGAUAGGUAGCCCUAAUCUAAAGGGCCCAGUGGUAGCUGAAGAGGUUACUUUUCAAGAGGAUCAUGAUGAUUUCCUCCAAUUUCCCCCAAACAAUGAGGAAGAGGCUCUACGAGCAAUGGAGCCAUUACCAAGUGUAGAGGAAACUGCUCCUCCUGCAGAGCCUUGUAUCUUGUUCUCAGAAAGUGCCCAGGUACAGACAGCUGAUACCUGUCAGGAAGAAUGUGAUGACCUGGGUAUGGCACAGGAAGCCAAGAUGGGGAACUCUGACCUACUGGGUGGAGUUGAACCUGGUUCUAGUUCACAUUGGCUAGAUGAGCUUCUGGCAUCUCCUCCACCUAGCGCUGAUGAUACAAAGAAAAGAAGUACAUCCAAGGUAGAAGACCCCACAGGACCACAGGAUCUUCUGGGAUGGUCACGGAAGGACCUUCAUAGCGAGUUUGGCAUUGUAGGUGCUGAUCAUUCUGAUACCUUUCACUUGGAUUGGACUGCCGAUGUGACCAGAGUUAAAUGGCUCGGAGAAACAGAACAAGAUCGAGAGUUUGGCACAGGCUCACAGGACUGGCCAAACUCAUACACUGUUGGUAAUACCAAAAGUCAGGAUAUGGAAUUUGGUACCAGCCAGCAAGAAUGGGCUAGAGGAUCACCAUUACGGGGCAGUUCCAGUCCAGUGCAAGAAGAGUGGCUUGCUUCUUAUGGUAGCCAUGGUGCUGAUCAUUCAACUGAGGAAUCAAAUUGGAGCAGCACAUACAACAUCAGUACUGCUGAGGGUCAGCACGCAGAACCCUAUAUGAGGAAGCCCGGCUGGCCUAGUCUCUGCCAUGCUGGCAGUGAUCAACAGAGCAGUGAGUUUGCUGCAGUUGAGAAGACAGAUUGGAGCAGCCAAUAUCAGGAUGCUGCCGCUGAAACAACUGACUGGCCCAAGUAUCAUAUGGAAAAUGUCAGUUGCCCAGAAUCAGAUGUCAGCCCCGAAUCGGCAAAAGUGCCUAGCGAGUACACUAUUGAGAGCAAGCUGGAAACAGAGUUCUGUGUGAAACAUUCAGAUGACAGCACCCCAGUUUCUGUGUUCAGUGCCAGCCAUUUAGGCUGGCCUAGUGAAUCGGAUUCUGGCAGCAGUACUAGUCAACCACAAAGAGAGUUCACUGCCCAUCAAGUGGAACUGUCUAGUGAACCUCAGAACCGUCCAGAAGAUCAGCUUAGUUUUCAACAGGACUCGGGACCAGAUACAUAUGGCUUUGAUGAUGGCAGUUAUCCAGAGUCUAAACUGAGUGUCAAACUGUCUGACUCACCUAGUAGAUGUGGUACCGAAAUUGCUCAAAACCAAGUUGAUGAGUUCAGUGCUGGUAAAUCUGAUGGAGCCAAAGAAUACGAUGGUGAGAUAGGUUGUAGAAUUGAAAUAGAUGGCGGCAUGAAAGGCAGUAACUCUCAAAUGGAGGCGGAUAAUCAAGAAUUCUAUGCCCGAAGACCAAUCUGGUCUGAUGAAUACUGCCUGGGUAAAUUUGAACCACAAGAGGAUACUACUGGUAGAGGAGAUUGGAUCAAAGACUCUAAGUUCUCAGAAAGUGAACAGAGUGAUACUAUAGGACAGGCUCUAAUAGCUGGACUUGGCUCAUUAGAUUUGUCUGAUCAAAAAGUCACAGUCAAUUUAGAGGAAUCAACUGACAACCUAAUACAUCAGGCUGGAAAUUUAACAAAUUUGGCCAUGGACGAACCCCGAGGAAUUGGAGAAGGUGAACCUGAAUGGACUCAACAUCUUGACACUGGAGAAUUGGCUAUCUCCGGUGACCUAAAAGUUGAGAGCUUGGAAGCUUAUAAAAAACCUGCAGAGAAGCACCUUGACUGGGUUCUUCCUUUUGGCAUGGAAACUUCAUCUGCCUCAUCAAAUACAAGAUCGGUGAAUGCAGAAGAAGGCAGAGAACCUGAUGUUGGACAAGCAGAUUUAAUUAACAAUAUGGAUGUAUCUGACAGCGAAAAGACAGAUGUAUCUGGUUUGAGACCCAAGGCUUUGGAUGGGGCUGAAGUGGCAUAUAGGGGUGAGAGGCGUCAUUUGGGGGAUACUGUUUUGGAAGAUGAUGUGAUGCAGCAUCAAGGAGCAACACCAGCAUGUGGAGAGAGCAGAAAAUGCCAUAGUCAGCGCCUGUCCAGUCCCAGCUGCCUGCUGGAAGGAUUGGUUUCUAGUAGUGCCAACAGACCAGAGGUCCAGCAAAAGAGGCCUGCCUCCUUCCAUAGCUGUCAUUCAGAAGAAGAGAGGAAGCUGAAUAACUUGCCCAGUGAGCUGGUGCCAGCAGCUGAGAAGAUCAGGCAAUCUCCAUUCCCACUGGAGGAUGUAGGAGAGGUUUUAUCUGACACAGAUGGUGACAUCAGCCAGCUGGACAGUGGAAAUGGGAGCCAGCCACCUGAAAGGCAAAGCGAAAGUCAAGCCACACAACCUAUUUCCCAGGAUGAUUGUGCUUUGGAGGGAGCUGAAGCAUUAACAAGAGAAAAAUUCACUUUCUUGGAGGAUACGGAAGUUCUUGAUAAUAGUGCACAUCGGGACCGUGCAAAUUUGGGCCGCAAGCGAGGUCAUCGAGCCCCAAUCACCCGAGCAGGCAGUACUGGGUUAGAGAAUGACAGGAACAGCUGGAUGUUCAGAGAUUCUACAGAGCCCCAAUUAGUUCCUGCAGGCUCAGAUGAAGAAGUCCAUGAGGAGACAAAGAGCAAGAAGUCACGAAGCUCUCCAUUGUCCAAAGGGGUAAAGGUAGCCCUCUUCCCAGGCCUCAGUCCUUCAGCUUUGAAGGCUAAAUUGCGAGGGAGAAACCGCUCUGCUGAGGAAGUGGAACCACAAGGUGAAGUAAAGGAGGCUCCUGUACAGCGUUCUAAAUCCUGCAAGAUGGGCAGCACUAGUGGGAAGCCUCUGGUGCUGCCACCUAAGCCAGAUAAAUCCUCAGGAUCAGAAACUUCCUCACCCAACUGGCUGCAGGUUCUGAAGCUGAAAAAGAAAAAAAGUUGAAAUCCAACCAGCCUUCAGAUGUGCUGUCCUACUUCUGGGGCCUUGACAGCAGAUGGUUCCGGUCAGCAUUUUAUGGGUUAGAGACGGAGUUCCCAUCUAACAUCUUGGAGGGAUUUGGGGAGGGAAGGGAUUUGUGGGAAGAGGGAGGCUGAAGCACAUUUAUGCACUUUGUAUCACAUUCACUCACUCAUGCAUAUGGCAGUCAAUUCUCUUUGCCAUUAUAUUUCCCAUUUUUUCCUGUCCCCCCCUUCUCGUGUUCCAUAUAAUUUUAUGAAAUCUUUUAUUUUAUUUUUUUUGUAAUCAAAAUGCUUGGCACCAGCCCCUUUUCUUUCACACUAAGAUAGGGAGGCAAGACAAGAAAGUGAGGCUUUCGCUCUCUCUGCUGCCAUAUAUUGCAUUUCAGACAAAGAGGAAAGGAUUGUUUCCCCUUCAGUCACUUGAAACAAAUAAAGGUUUUAUGGCUAUGAAGGCCCUGCUGUCGUAUUUGCUUAAAUGUAAUCCUCUGAUCUGUCUCCAGAGCCAACCUUGUUACUUGGCAACAUAGUCUAGAGCUGGGCAGCCGACAAGGCUAUAGCAAAAUGCUGGUGGAGGGGUGUUUUCCUUUUGUGGACGGAAUGGCAUGCUCCUUGGCGUGUGCGUGUGUGUAUAUGUCUUUUGAGUCACUGAAAGAGCUUCACUAUAGUGAAUAUUUGAUCUGGGAGGAGAUUGACAUACUUCUUGCUGGUAUUUGAAGGAUGGAGAAGUAUAUAACGAACGGUUACACUCCCAAUCAAAUUGGAUACUUAUUUCCUGUUCUUGGGAAAUGACACUUCUUGAAGCCUGAGGGCACCAACACCUGCACAUGCUGAUGUCAGUGUGCAUACACACCCACAUACCCAGUCCCUCUCUUCUCUUAUAUAUGUACAUGUCGAUCCAAAAGUACAGUCUCUUCCUGCCACCACAGUAAUUGGUGUACACUAUCUCAGGCAACAUCCUCAUUUAGAAUUAGAAUAGAAUAGAAUAGAAUAGAAUAGAAUAGAAUAGAAUAGAAUAGAAUAGAAUAGAAUAGAAUAGAAUAGAAUAGAAUAGAAUUUUUUAUUGGCCAAGUGUGAUUGGACACACAAGGAAUUUGUCUUGUCCAAUCACACUUGGCCAAUAAAAAAAUUAUGCACACCUAUAACUUAAAAGCCACUCAUACAUCUAGGGAAGAAAAAAAAACUUGAUAGGUCAAAAGUACCUCGAAUUAAGCUGUGAGAUCUCUGUUUGCCACAAGAUCUUGGCC